AUAUGUACCGUGAAUUUAUAGACGGUACCUCGAACGGUACCUCCAACUGACCGUGAUAUAUUCAUUAUUACCUUAUACCAUGUAUCUUGCACCUCGCGCUAGUAUACCGGGAAACGUAUCUUCCCUCCUAUUUGCGUGGGAUUUUUAUGUACCUCAUAAUUAUUUUUUAUUUUAUUUUAACGUGUACCUCUCGAAUUUGGCGAUACUACGCGAUACAAGAUUAAGAGUGUGUGGUCCCCUUUCGUAAUUUGCGUCAUCGUAACAAUAAGAGAUUCCGCCAAUGAAAGGACUUGCGCUAAUAUCCACACGAAUCUUAUCGUUGAGCAAACGCGAGGUGGACUCGACAUCGUAUUCAAGCAGUGCUUAUCACAAUAUCUCGGACUGCUAUAAGUAGUCAAGCAGUUACACUUCUCUGGACAGCCGCAUAUCGCGCGGAGGCAUUGUUACGCCCGGUUCGUAUCCGUCAGUUAUCACCUAAGACACCGGAGCUCGCGAACAUGUCUCCCAGCGAUUUCACCGACAUUAAAGUCUUCGACGACGCGGCGGACAACGUGGACGUUAUUAAAACUAUCAUCGACACGAACAGCCAGGAGGACGGCUUCUACAUCGUGGAUAUUGGUGAUAUUGUUAACAAGCACCGCGAGUGGAUUACCAAGAUUCCGCGGGUUAUCCCGCACUACGCGGUUAAAUGCAAUCCCGAUCCGAGUGUAAUCAAGAUAUUGGCAGCUUUGAAUACUGGCUUCGACUGCGCGUCCGAGCAAGAAAUCAGGCAAGUGAUGCAGUACGGCGUGCAAGCCGACCGGAUCAUAUUCGCGAAUCCGUACAAAUGCCCGUCUCACAUCAAGUACGCCAAGAAAAUGAACAUCGACCGGAUAACCGCCGACAGCGAACUGGAGCUUUUGAAGAUAAAGGAUCUUUAUCCCGAGGCCAAGAUAGUAAUACGCAUACGGUGCGACGCAAAAAACUCGGAUUGCGACCUCGGAUUGAAGUUCGGCUGCGAGCCGGACGAGGAUGCUGUGCGACUGAUACAGCUUACGAUGGACCUCGGUCUCACCUUGCACGGCUUCAGUUUUCACCCGGGCAGCCCGUGCGGGGAGCUGAACGCGUUCAGCAGAGGCAUCGGGAUAUGCAGACGACUGAUCGCGAUCGCCAAGUCGAUGGGCUGCAAGGACGUGCAGCUGAUCGACAUCGGCGGCGGCUUCCCCGGCGAGAGAGGAGCUGAUAUCGACAAGCUCGCCAAUAUCGUCAACAAUGCAAUUCAGGAUCUUGACCCCAGCAUAAAAGUUAUCAGCGAGCCCGGAAGAUAUUACGUUGACUCGGCGUUCACCCUAGCCUCGUAUUUACAUUCCAAGAAGGUCGUUUGUAAAGAUGGCAAAAUUAUGAGAAUGUACUACGCGAACGUCGGAACGUACAAUUCGUUUCUCGACGAAAUGGUGGGCAUAAAGUCUCGAGUCCCGCAGGCUCUCGUUGAACCGAUGAGAGAGAGCGAUGAGAAGUUUCUUUCGACUCUAUGGGGACCGACCUGCGAUUCGUACGAUGUAAUCGUUAAAGAUGUAUUAAUGCCGGAACUUCAUAUCGGCGACUGGCUGGUUUGGGAGGACAUGGGUGCUUACACGUUAUGUCUGUGCACCGCAUUCAAUGGAUUUCCAAUCCCAAAGGUCAUACCGUUUAUCAGGAAAAGUCAGUGGAAAAAUUUGACGACGGAUAUCAAACUGAUGCAAAAAUCCACAGAUUUCAUAGAGUGGUCCGAAUUAAUGGAAAGGGAGCAUUAUAUUGAAAGUCGCUGACAAAUCAAAUUAGCGAUUAAAAUAAAAUUAAGAUGAUAUAAGUUUGCUGUCAAUUAAGUUUGAUUUGUUAAGAGUUAUUACUUGUUAUCUCACUAUCUAUCUAAUCUCUCAUUAUACAAAUGUACAUAGAACGAUAAUUAUAAUAUGUAUAUUUCUAAUUAUACUUUAUAAUUUUAUAUUUGCGAAUGUGUGCAAGAUUCUUUCCUUUUAUAUGUAUAUAAUUAUAAGUGAUGCCAGCUGACGUAAUGUAAGCCAGUUUUAAGUUUUAUAUUAUUUUUGAAAGAGAAAAAUAUAACACAUUCGAUGGAAAAAUGAAGUGUUUUAUAAAAAUAAAAAUGCUAUUUAUUACUUAUACGUUAUUAUAACAGUUGAUUACCAGAAUCUACUUAAUUGUUUUAAAGCAAAAAUAUCUUUUAUUUGUCUUUAUCGAUAAGUUCCCAACUCGGAUGAUUAUAUCUCAUUUAAACCUUGAGAUAGAAAACUACCGAAUAACAAAAUACUUAAAAAUAUAAAAAAAUAAUCCUAAGAUAUCCCUGAGUACAAAAAGCAAGUACGUCUUAAUUUAUAUUUCGUAGAUAAAUAUAUAUAUCGUAUGUUAUAUUAGAGAAAUAAUUUAUUUAUUGUUUAUAACGUAAAAUCGCAAAAAUCGUUAAAAUUGAUGCAAGAGUGUUUUUAGAGACCUUCGAAAAGUGGUAU